AUGAACGUGUGUUACAAUGAGGAUUCCACCGUGAGCGUAGUGGCUUGCUUCGGCCACGUCGGCCAUGAACUAGACCCAGCAUUACUACGCUGGACCGAUGAACAAUUAGAGUAUCUUAAAUUAAUGAUCGAAGAGUUCUCCGCUGACUACAUCGUGCAAAAAUUAAGAAAAGACCAUGCAUCCAAGAAAUCCAAAUUGUAUUUUAUUACGAAGAAAGACCUCUGGAACAAGAAGGAGAAGAAUCCUGAGGACGGGAUUCGAUACUUCAAGCCACAUGACGAACCAACCGGAAAGGGAUUCAUCUUAGUCAUUAUCACCCCACUGCAGCUUAAAUGGUUGCGGCAAUUCGGUCAAAAAGGUAUAUCAGUCGAUGAUACCCACAAUAUCACGAGGUAUGCGCUGAAGCUUGCAACGAUAAUGGUAGUAGACGACCGCGAUCGUGGGCUUCCGGCAGGUAUAAAGAUUUUUAUCCACGUUCUUGUCUGCGAUGUUUUGAAUUCAGCUUUUUUGUUGUCCGCUGAGAUGACAUCGAAUGAGGUGAAGAUUCUUUUUGAUGAAAUUAAGCGGGUAGUACCUAAUUUUGCCCCAAAGUCAUUGGUAUCAGACGAGUCCUUGGCCUUCUACAAUGGCUUCACAUCGUCGUUUCCGGGCCGCAGCGUAGAUCACUUUUUAUGCAGAUUCCACAUUCUCCAGUCCUGGAAACGAAAGACAAAAGAAUGUGUCAAGCCGGAGCUUCAAAAAGGCAUCGUAAGUGCCUUUAGAAAACUACUUCGUAUUAGCAACGAACCCGAGUUCCAUGCUAACCUUAGCGAAAUAUUAACACAUCUCCGUCUUAAUGGCUGUACCCGUCUCAUACACUACCUUCAGAGGGAAUAUCUUUGGUGGCUCCUACGACUUAAACAGGAAAAGCGCAAAAGAAAAGCUAAUUCUAGAAUUGAUUUCGUCGUCGAAACGUUGAUUAGGGCUGUCAAUGAACUAGCCGUUGAUCUUCGAAGUCAAGGAAGCUUUGCGCCUUCUUUCCGGGUAAAGGAGAAUAACGUGCAACAUAAAUUGGGAGUCCAAUUUUACAAAGAAAAUAGGGAUAAAAUUCAUAAGGUAGGAACCUUAGCUUGGAACGUGGAAGCGACGACAUCCCACACAGUGUAUCGUGUGGAAUCCAAAGAAGAAUGUGCAUGUAAUUACCAGGUCAACAAUCACUGUCCAAGAUGUCAUGUGUGCCCCUACGCUGUUUCAUGCUCUUGUAGCGAUGGGGCCCUCGCAGGUAUCGCAUGCUUACAUAGCCACGCGGUUAAACUUUAUGGUGAGAAAAACAAUUGUUCGAUAUUCAACGUACGUCAAGUCAGGGUUCAAUCUCUCUGGUUUCAGGAGCCAAUUCGGAAUCAACUUCUGAAGCAGUCUUGCAAGCAGAAUCGCUAG